UAUACAAAAAAGCUUUCUCUAUUUCAAUCCCAGCUGGCUGGUUUUUACGUAUUUAGUCAGCAGAUUCAUUCAUAAGUUUGAACUUUAUACAAAAAAUAGCACAUUUAUUUGUAAACUUUAUACAAAAAUUGAUGUGAUACAAGAAAUAUUGGUACUUAUUUCCCUACUGUGUUCAUUCAUAGAUACGUUUAAGUUGUUUAAACAAGCAAAACUUUUGCAUACAAAUUUUGCAAAUUAAAAAAACACACGUGUACAAUAUUGUGAAACAUAGUUUUCUGGAAACAUACAUACACAUGAAUGUAGAUUAAUAAUUUUUGUUACACAAAUUUAAGUCACAAAAACUGCAAAAUGUAUUCGCAAAAUCCUCAAGCGCAGAAUUUUUACCAAAUCAGAGCCACCUGUGCCCAAUAUGGGACGCUAUUUGAGGACAACGAAUUCCCACCGGUCAACCGGUCACUUUACGUUUCCGGGGCGGACAGACAUCUCAGCCGCGUGGGGCCUGUCACGUGGAAACGGCCUUUCGAGUUGUCCAACCAACCAAAAUUUUACGCGGAUGGCGUCUCUCGUCACGACGUGAUUCAAGGCGAAUUAGGAAAUUGCUGGUUCAUCGCCGCCGUCAGCAAUCUUACCCUUCACCAAAAUCUAUUUGUUCAAGUCGUCCCACAAGACAACACUUUCGAACGGGGCCAGUACUGCGGAGCGUUCCAUUUCCGAUUUUGGACUUUCGGACGCUGGGUCGAAAUCGUAAUUGAUGACCGGCUCCCAUGCAAUUCUCGGGGUCAGUUGCUCUUCAUGCAGUCGCAGGACAAGUCGGAAUUCUGGUCGUGUUUGUUGGAAAAGGCGUACGCCAAAUUUCACGGGUCGUACGAAUCCCUCAGCGGCGGGAUCGCGUCCGAAGCGAUGCAAGAUUUCAGCGGGGGGAUUAUUGAGAUGAUCGAUAUUCAGGAGACCCAGUGGAACAACGUGAACAAUCAGUCGGAACUCUUUAGUGUGAUGAGCAAGGCACAGGAUCGCGCUUCGCUGAUGACCUGCGCGCUACACAAUCAAGCCGGCCGGAUCGGCGAAACCCGCACUGGCCAAGGUCUCGUUGCCGGGCACGCCUACUCGAUCACGGGCGUAUGCGAGGUGUCCGUCUAUAACGGAGCGCAGAUCGCGCAACUCGUCCGGAUUCGAAACCCGUGGGGCGACUUUGAAUGGAACGGGGCAUGGAGCGACUCUUCCCGCGAGUGGAGCAGCGUCGACGCGGGAACCAAAGCCCGGCUCGGACUGGUCAAACGAAACGAUGGCGAAUUUUGGAUGAACGUAGACGAUUUCCAAGACCAUUUUCACCGCCUCGAAAUAUGCCACUUGUCCCCCGAUCCGGUCAACGAUGUCAAACUGAGCAAUCCCGCGCAGCAGAAUUUCAUCCCCUGGAAACGGAUGGCGUUCGAGGGGGCCUGGAUUCCCGGACAGUCGGCGGGCGGGUGCAUGAAUCACAACACGUUUGCGACCAAUCCGCAAUAUUUUUUUGACUUUACGGCGUCGAGCGUGGACGGUUCUGCAGACAAAUGCACGGUCGUGGUCAGCCUCAUCCAGCAGACGGCUAGUCGUUCCUACACGAGGAAAGAAGGCUUAGGAAAAUCCUGUAUCGGAUUCAGAAUGUUUCGGAUCCCACGCUACACCGGCCUCAUGGACAUGUCUUUUUUCAAACGGGAACGCUCCCUGAGUUCCGGUUCGUACAUCAAUUCUCGCGAAAUAUCGGCGCGCUUUGAAGUCGCGACGGGCACCUAUGUCAUCGUCCCCUCCACCUUCGAACCCAACAUGGGCGGGAACUUCCUCCUCCGAAUUUUUUCCGAACCACCCGCCCCGCAAAUGGCGCCACAACAAGCCUACCCGCACCCUCAACAGCAACAAUGGGGCGCGCCCCCGCAGGUUCAGUAUGCGCAUGCGCCACCCCAGGCUCCUUACGCUCCCCCGCCCUACGCCGCCGCACAAUAUCCACCCGCCCAACAAAACAUGAUGGGCGGCUACCCUCCCUCGUACGGCGUACCUCCAGCGCAACCACUCCCACCAACGGGACCACCACCCGGGGCGGGACCCGGAUUCGGGUGGAACUUAUAAAACGGGAAUCAAUUUCAAUAUUUAAAACUGGAAACUUAAAAUAGAUCGGGUUAAAUUAUGGGAAAAAAAUUAUUUAAAAUGUGAUUAUAAUUUAUGUAUUUAUAACUUAUUUUACUGGGAAUCAAUUUCGAUAUUCACAAUCGAAAUAUUGAGACAAAUAUGGAGACAAUCUGGUUGAGAUAUUAUUUAAUUGUAAUUUAUUCACUGACAAAUUUUAAAUCACGGUUUAUUCCGAAUAUUAAUAAAACAAUGCUCCUUAGGCUUACUAAAUACGUCACUACAUACA